GGCAGUUGGUCAAAAACAUAGAAGGUUCUUUUCCAAGAAUCCAAGUCAUACAAGUAUUUGAUUAAUUCUGAUAAAAUAUUUUGUGAUCAAAUACUAUACAACUAAGAAGAAUGAAGAAAGAUAAUGGCAUAUUCUUCUAAAAUGGCGUACUGGUUUACACUUUCUUGACGAUACAUCCAAUAUUCAAAUUUCAAACUACUCCCUAAACUAGAUUACAAGGAAGCCACCCUAUGAGGCUAUGAUGAUCAGCCACCUUUUUCAGUAAAAUCAAAAGCAAACCACGAUAACCCUCUUUUCUUUCUCUCUCUGAUACACCUACAACCAUCCCCAAUUACUAAAAAGAUCCCUCAAACCCCAAGAAAUUUUGAAGGGAAAGAGACAGCGAUAAAGUAAAAAAAGUUGCCGGUGUUCUUCUGCUCAGGCAACGGCGCAACGCUUCCACGUUCACCGCCUGAUUAUCUCAAGAUGCCAUCACAAGUGGAUAUUACAAAACACAUGGCAACUAAUGGAAAUCUUUCAAUGGAAGACAGUGAACACGUGAGAUUGGUUAUAUCAAAUGAAAGGACAACAGAAGCCGAAAUCUUGCAACUUCAAACUGAAAAUAGAGACACACGAAUCAAAUGGUGGAUCAAAGCUAUCACUUUGUCCAUUAUUGCUAUUAUUUUAUCAAUUGUUUUCUUGAAAUGGGGUGUGCCAUUUCUUUUUGAGAAGGUUCUUUUACCAAUGUUGCAAUGGGAGGCAACCGCGUUUGGUCGCCCUGUGCUUGCAUUGAUUCUUGUAGCUUCUUUGGCAUUUUUCCCGGCUUUGUUGAUUCCUUCUGGGCCUUCCAUGUGGCUUGCAGGGAUGAUAUUUGGUUAUGGAAUUGGAUUUGUGAUAAUAAUGGUUGGAACAACUAUUGGGAUGAUUUUACCAUAUCUUAUUGGUCUACUCUUCCGUGAACGUAUCCAUAAAUGGUUGAAGAAAUGGCCACAGACAGCUGCCAUGAUUAGAUUGGCUGGAGAAGGAAAUGGAUUUCAGCAAUUUCGUGUUGUUGCACUCUUCAGGAUUUCACCAUUUCCUUACACAAUCUUCAACUAUGCAAUUGUAGUCACAAACAUGAGAUUUUGGCCUUAUCUUUCUGGAUCUAUUGCAGGAAUGAUUCCAGAAGCCUUCAUUUAUAUCUAUAGUGGGCGAUUAAUACGGACAUUUGCAGACGUGCAGUACAGAAACCAUACGUUGACUCCAUUAGAAAUUAUAUACAACGCCAUCUCCCUCAUCAUUGCAGUUGCAAUGACUAUUGGUUUUACGAUUUAUGCUAAAAAGGCUCUAAAAGAACUUGAAAUUGAAGAAGAAAACAAGGAAACAGAUGGCAAUAAUAUAGAGCUUGAAAAACUUCCACUUGAGAGACAAAAGCAGUUUGGGUUUGGAUUACAUUUGGGUUCAUCAUAGCUUAAAAUUUGGUUGAGUCAUAUAGACCAUUGACUAUAGAGUGGUAGUGUGUAAAUUACUGACAUGAUAUGGGGGCUUUCUUGUAAUUAACCAAUUGCGGAUGGAAAAUAAGAACCGAGGAGAAUGAAUACUACUAUAUAAUAUAGUUUUAAGAUCAAGGUAUACACUUCUUCUAUCUGUGUUUGGUAUAUGAUGGAAAUGAAAUCGACUGUUUUUGAA